AUGGAGGAAUAUGCGUUUUGUAACAACACAUUCAACCAAAACUUGAGUCCCACCGCAGAUAUCACUGCUCUAACUCAGAUAACCGUCGAGCAAACGCUUAAAGUCGCGACCGACACGCAUACUCUCAUUGUGGGACUCAUCGAGAAAGCAACUGAUCCGGCGGAGAAGAACGCUCUCACGACGUGCGAAAACGCGUACCACGACGUGAUGAAUGGUUUCCAACAAGCGGCGUCGGCGUUCUUCGAGAAGGAUUACAAUAGCAUGUUGAAGGCUGAACAACCGGCACCUAGAGCACAAGCUAGUUGCACCAGUAUUUUCAACACUCCACCGAAUCCUCCUAAUCCUGUUGCGGAACAAAAUACGCAUACGAAAAUCUUGAUUGCAAUGGCCAUUGUUGCUGGAACUCAACUUACUUCUUGA